AAGCGCGCGAGCUCACGUCGCGUCGCGCUAAGAUGGCGCCGGCCGCUUCACUAUUUACCACAUUUAUAUCCCUAAUACUGUCCGCAACCGCACAGGAUUACUACCACACGCCCCGAAUUGGUUCGAAACAACUAGCUUCAUGUUACAAUAGUGAAGGAGUACCUCAAAGAUGUAUACCGGAGUUCGAGAAUGCAGCCUUCAUGGUUCAGAUGGAAGCAACGAACACCUGUGGUGACAAUGGCAUGAAAGUCUACUGUAUUCAGACUUCUUACGGAACCUCCACUAGGUCAUGUGACAGCUGCCAGCCGGGACAGUUCUCAAGCUACUAUCUGACUGAUCUCCAUUAUGAACAGGACAACCAGACGUGGUGGCAAUCGGAGACCAUGAAGGAAGGGAUCCAAUAUCCUAACCAGGUCAACUUGACACUGCACUUGGGUAAGGCCUAUGACAUUACUUACGUGAGGAUUGUAUUCUACUCGCCGAGACCUCAAAGUUUCGCCAUCUACAAGAAAACAUCAGAAGAAAGAGAUUGGGAGCCCUUCCAAUACUUCAGUGCCUCCUGCCGUGACACCUACGGAGUUCAAGAACAAAGGGCUGCAGAGUUAGGAGCAGAAACCCGUGCUCUUUGCACCAGUGAAUACUCCGAUAUCUCGCCCCUAUCUGGAGGAAACGUCCUCUUCUCCACUCUUGAAGGUCGGCCUUCAGCGUUCAUUUUUGACAACAGUCCUGAGUUACAGGAAUGGGUAACUGCCACCGACCUUCGAAUUUCCCUGGACCGUCUGAACACUUUUGGUGACGAGAUCUUCGGAGAUGUCCAAGUGUUGCAGUCUUAUUGGUACGCUAUCGCUGACGUGGCUGUGGGUGCAAGAUGCAAGUGUAACGGUCACGCUUCUGUCUGCGAAACCCAAGAACUGCCUGAUGGCACCAGAACUAGAGCUUGCAGAUGUGAGCACAACACCGCUGGUCGGGAGUGUGAAAGAUGUUUAGACUUCUACAAUGACGCGCCUUGGGGCAGAGCCUCGCCGACCAACGUGCACGAAUGCAAGGCUUGUAACUGCAAUGGAUUCUCCAACAAGUGUGAGUUCGACAAGGACUUGUAUGAGCGCACGGGACACGGUGGUCGGUGCAUCGACUGCGCAGAGAACAGAGAUGGCGCCAACUGUGAGAGGUGCAAGGAAAACUUCUUCCAAGGAUCUGGAGACAUUUGCUUACCCUGCAACUGUAAUCCUACUGGAUCACGCAGCCUUCAGUGUAACGCGGAAGGCAAGUGUCAGUGCAAGCCUGGAGUGACGGGAGAUAAGUGUGAUGUCUGCGCACCGAACCACUACGAGUUCACAAACCAGGGCUGUAAGCCUUGUGGAUGUAACGAGUCUGGUUCUUACGCCAACACACCACAAUGUGACCCACAAACCGGCGUGUGUUUGUGCAAACAGAACGUGGAAGGAAGACGUUGUAGAGAGUGUAAACCAGGCUUCUUCAACCUGGAUAUCAGCAAUGACUUUGGAUGCACGCCAUGCUUCUGUUUCGGACACUCCUCGCAGUGCAGCUCAGCUCCCAAGUACCAAGCGCACGAGACCAGCGCUCAUUUCAUAAGAGACGCUGAAAAGUGGAUGGCAGAAGAUGAACAGGAAAGACCAGCUAAGCUUCAGUUUAAUGCCAACACUCAAAAUAUUGCCGUUGCAUCACAAUCAUCGGAAACAUUAUACUUCAUCGCUUCAAGUCAGUUCCUGGGUGAUCAAAGACCUUCUUACAACCAUGACUUGAAAUUCUCACUGCGACUUGGUGAAGUUAGAGGUUACCCGUCGGCUACUGACAUUAUAUUGGAAGGUCCACGAUCCUCCGUAUCAGUGAAUAUUUACGCACAAAACAACCCGGAACCUACCAAUCAGGCUCAAGAAUACACCUUCAGGCUCCACGAGGAUCCUCGAUACGGCUGGUCUCCAACCCUCUCAAACUUCGAGUUCAUGUCCCUCCUCCAAAACCUGACGGCUAUCAAGAUCAGAGGAACCUAUAACAAGCCUGGAGAGGGCUACCUGAUGAACUUCAAGCUGGAAACUGCGAAGAUUGGACGAGAGAAAGGAUCAGCUCCAGCCAAUUGGGUUGAAAAGUGUUCCUGUCCCAAGGCCUAUGUUGGGGAUUACUGUGAGGAGUGCGCACCUGGAUUCAAACAUGAACCAGCUAAUGGAGGACCCUACUCGACUUGUAUACCUUGUGACUGUAAUGGACAUGCCCAUAUUUGUGACACUGCUACUGGUUUUUGUAUCUGUAAACACAACACCACGGGCAGCAACUGCGAGCUCUGUGCCAAGGGUUUCUAUGGUAACGCAAUCGCUGGAACCCCAGACGACUGCAAACCCUGCCCGUGUCCUAAAGACAGUGGAUGUAUCCAGCUCAUGGAUGGAAGCAUCGUGUGUACUGACUGUCCUGAGGGCUAUGCUGGACCAAAAUGCGAAGUCUGUGCUGAUGGUUACUUCGGAGACCCCACUGGACAGUUUGGACCCCCGAAACAAUGUGAACUGUGCCAGUGUAAUGGCAAUGUAGAUCCUAAUGCUGUUGGCAACUGUAAUAGAACAACUGGAGCUUGUCUCAAAUGUAUCUACAAUACGGAUGGUGAACAUUGUGACAAGUGCUUAAGUGGUUUCUUCGGCGACGCUUUGGAUCCUAAGAAGAAGGGUGACUGCAAACCCUGCCAGUGUCAUGAAGCUGGUACAGUGGAGAGUGCUGAGGGUCCUCCUCAGUGUGACGGCCUCACUGGCUUGUGUUCUUGUCAUCCACACGUUAUUGGAAGGAACUGUGAUAAGUGUGAGGACGGCUACUACAAUAUCAACUCAGGAACCGGUUGUGAGCCCUGCGAGUGUAACCUUGAGGGGUCGUUCAACAGCACCUGUGACCCCUACGACGGACAAUGUUACUGCAAACCUGGCAUUGAUGGUAAACACUGUGAUCGCUGUCGUGCGUACCACUACGGGUUCUCAGCUGACGGUUGCAGAGACUGUGACUGUGACGAAUGGGGAUCCACAAACUACCAGUGUGACAUGUCCGGACAGUGUUCCUGCCAAGAGAAUGUCGAAGGACGACGCUGUGACAGGUGUAUGGAGAACAAGAAACGUCGUGCCGAUGGACAAGGCUGUGAGGACUGUCCUCCUUGCUACAACCUCGUUCUGGAUGCCGUGAACCAACAUAGAAGGGAGUUGAAAGAACUUGAUGAUAUUCUAGCAAAGAUAUCGAAGUCUCCGACGGUAGUUGAGAAUGCAGACUUCGACAAUGAGCUGCAACAAGUGAGGGGUGACAUCGAGCGGUUGGUGCAGGACGCUCAGGCCGAGUUAGGCAAUGGACCUGGAGCAAGCCUUACCAACAACCUUGCUGAACUGGCAGAAAGACUCGCUGACGUCAGGAACAUGCUGUUCAAGAUUGAAGACGAGAGCUAUGAUGGUAAUGAAGCCGUUGAGAAGAGCAAGGGUAACGUCUCCAAAGCAGAAGAUACCAUCGAAGCUGCACAGAAGGAAAUCAACAGUGCCCUGGAGUAUAUGGAUGGCGAAGGAGCUGCAGCGUUAUCUAAGGCUCGCAACAGGUCGGACCAAUUCGGCAAACAAUCAGUCGAUAUGUCAGCUCUUGCGAAGGAGUCUAGACUGCUAGCAGAAAAGUUGGAAAAUGAAGCGAAGAACAUUCGAGAAAUAGCUGACAAAGCGUUCAACACAUCUAUAACAGCUAACAGAAUUGCUAAAGAUGGGAUCACGAAGCAAGCUAACAUUAGUAACGAAGUACAAAUCUUGACAAACGAACUGAAUGCAGCGUCAGGAAAGUUGAAUAGUAUGACUGAAUUGGCUGACCAGGCACUCAAGAGAGCCAAGGAUGUAUACGAUGAAGCUCUUGGAUUAUACGCCGAGGUGAACACGACACUGUUGCCAGAUAUCAAAAUAAGUAAAUUAAAGGAAACAGCUAGGGAAAUGAACAAAACGAUCGACGAGAAAUCCGCUGAGUUGGAACGUUUGGUAGCAGACAAUGAGAAUACGUUGGAACAGCUAGAGAAUGCCAUAAAACAGGGUCGUGGUCUUCUAGACCAAGGACACGAAAGACAGGAUGAGUUGAAUGAUCUUCUCGCGAAACUCGAUGAGCUGCAGGAACAGGCCAGAAAUGACGUAGAACUGACCAAUCAAACGCUGAAAGACGCUAAUGAAAUCUACAAAACUUUGAAAGAGUUCAGUGACCAGGUGACUGAAUCGCGUCAGUUAGCGGAGCAAGCAGCUCUGGACGUGCCUGCGGUGCAAGCGAAGAUUGCCGCGGCAGAUGACAGCAUUAACAGCAUCACGGAACAACUGUACACUGCUAGUGACAAGGCCAAGGACGCUCGGGACUUGGCACAGAAGGCGCAGAAGGAAUUUGCUGAUAAAGCAUCAGAAGCGGCGUUUGAAGUCAGGAAGAAAUCUUCGGCAUCUAGGUCUGAAGCGUCUAAACUUAGAUUCGAAGCUGAGAAACUGUCCACUCGAGUACAAGAAACUGCAACGCAAAUUGGAAACUUAGAGAAAGAGGCUGCGGAGAACAUGCAGCUUACCAGGGACGCUAAAAUGAAGGUUGGCCAAGCAAACACUGAUGCCAGAGAGGCGGAGAAACAAGUGUCUAAAGGCCUGGAGGACUUGAAGGUCAUCAUGGAUGAACUGCAGAACUUGCCCACGCUGGAUGAUCAGGCACUAGACCGGCUUCAGGAGAGCUUGGACAAGGCGGAGAGUGACCUCAUAGCGGUUGAUUUGGAUGGCAAGAUCAAGAGUCUGACUGAAGCCAAGAAUAACCAUCAAAGGUGGAUGAAACAAUACGAGGAUGAGCACAGCCAUCUUCGUUUGGAAGUAGACAAUAUCAAGGAGAUUUUGGACCAGCUCCCAGAGGGCUGUUUCAAGAGGAUCGUGUUGGAACCCACCGAAGGCCCCAGUCGAGCGGCCAGCUUCAGAUAAACUGAUAACUAGACAGAAGACUCCAACAACAUGAAGUAAAAACGAGGAAACAAAGACAAAGGUUUGGUAUCCUAUAUCUAGCUAAAAGUCGAAAAUGUACUGAAAUUUAACAAUCUGUUUUCCGCCCUUAAGUUCUACCAAUAAGCAUGUCGUUGUAUCGUAAGAGAAUAUG